AUGUCUUUAUUAAUUCUUUCUUUUGAUUUAUCAUCGGAUAAAAUCGGUAUACAACUUUAUAAUAUUUUAAAUUCUUCAUUAUCAUCCAAUUAUCCACAUAUAGCUUCAUUUUGUUCAUCUGAUCAAUUGCUUUCUUCGCCGACGAAUGAUUAUGAGAAAAUUUUCUCGAAUUCUUUAAAAACAGAUUUACUUUCUCACAAUGAUCUUGUUGGUUUUAUAAUUCUGAUUGAUAUAGCAACAACAAGUAAAUUACAUCUUAAGGAUCUUUCAUCGAUAAAAUCACUUCUUGUACAUCUAAACCGAAAACAUCCGUUUCAGCAAAUUCUCACAUUUAUUAUCCAUGCUCAUUCAACAAAUCAAUUGUAUACAUCAGCAUUAACCUGUUUUAAUUUAAAUCUUAUGUUCUAUUACAUUUAUCCAUAUGUUAGUGGAAUUAUUUUUAAUAGUAUUGAUCAAAUAAAUGUUUAUGAAACAUUUCAUUCAAUAGUUGCUUCACAAAUUGCAUUAAUCUUUCUUCCUGUUUCAUCAUUACGUGAAGAUAAGAGACGAAUAAAUCAAAGUGUUUGUAUUGAAUUUUUACAAUUUGUUCAACAUUUACUCAGUAAUCCUAACAAAAAGAUAUUAAUUAUGUCGAAUAACAUUAAUAAUAAAAAAUUUCUAAAUAAAUCUUCUUAUGCAACAUUACUUAUUCAACGAGGAAAACCUUCAUUGUCAACAAAUGAUAUUGAAUUAAAAAAUUUUGAUAUAUGGAAUUCGUUAGAAACAACUCGUGAUCGAUUACAAAUAACUUUAAUUAUAAAUAAUGAUGAAUUUAACAAUGAUUUACUUGAUAAAUUAAUAGUACAACCAUAUAAACUCAAAAUGAAUAUGAAUAAAGCUUAUUUGUAUUGGUUAAGAAAAAAAUUUGAUAUUGAAAAUCUUGAAGAACAAUUAAAUCAAGGAAUUCAAUUAUGUGAAAAUAUUAUUACAGGAAAAUAA